GGUUGUUUCUGUUUGCUAUGGAGAAAUACGAGAAGAUCAGCAAGAUCGGCGAAGGCUCCUACGGGGUGGUUUUCAAAUGCAGGAACAAGGACACCGGCCAGAUUGUGGCCAUCAAAAAGUUCUUGGAGUCUGAAGAUGACCCUGUAAUCAAAAAAAUCGCCCUUCGAGAGAUCCGGAUGUUAAAGCAACUGAAGCAUCCCAACCUGGUCAACCUGUUGGAGGUUUUCCGGAGGAAACGGAAGCUCCACUUGGUCUUCGAAUACUGCGACCACACCGUUCUCCACGAACUGGACAAGAACCCCCGGGGGGCUCCUGAGCAUCUUGUGAAAAGCAUAGUUUGGCAGACUCUCCAAGCAGUGAACUUCUGUCAUAAACACAAUUGCAUACACAGAGAUGUGAAGCCGGAGAACAUCCUGAUAACCAAGCACUUUGUCAUCAAGCUCUGCGAUUUUGGAUUUGCUCGGAUCCUGACUGGGCCCAGCGACUAUUAUACAGAUUACGUGGCUACCAGGUGGUACCGUUCUCCAGAGCUCCUUGUGGGCGACACCCAGUACGGCCCCCCCGUGGACGUCUGGGCCAUCGGCUGCGUCUUUGCGGAGCUGCUGUCGGGCAUCCCGCUGUGGCCGGGGAAGUCCGACGUGGAUCAGCUUUACCUGAUCAGAAGGACAUUGGGUGAUCUCAUUCCCCGGCACCAGCAGGUCUUCAGCACAAACCAGUUCUUCAGUGGGGUGAGGAUUCCGGACCCAGACAGCAUGGAGCCGUUAGAAAUGAAGUUCCCAGCCGUCUCCUACUCUGCCCUGGGCCUCAUGAAGGGCUGCCUCCACAUGGACCCCGCUGAGCGCCUGACCUGUGAGCAGCUCCUGCAGCACUCUUACUUCGAUAGCAUCCGAGAUGUGGAACUCGGGAGGGAGCGUGAGAAAUCCAUGACGCGGAAGCCAAACCGGCCUGCGCGGAAGCACAUCCCCGGGGUAAGGAAAUUGCAGUACCUCCCCCAGUUAACCAGCAGCAACAUUUUGCCUGCUCUGGAUAGCAAGAAGUAUUAUUGCGGCGGCGCGAGGAAGCAAAACUACCGAUUCCCGAACAUCUAA